GCGGGUGUUGCCGGCCAUGGCGGCUGUGGCGGCGGCGCUUCGCCGCGCUCUGUGUGGAGGCAGCUGGCGGCGUUGGUACCGCACCGAGCGCGGCGUGUACGGCUACAAACCCCGCAAGGCGGCGAGCGGGAGAGCGGCGGAGCCGGGCGGCCCCCGGGCGGGGGACAGAGCAGUUGACCAUGCUCUUGCUCGAUUAAUAGCUGCCUAUGCUGAACAUGGCCACAAAGCAGCCAAGAUAAACCCCCUGUUUGCUGGCCAAGCUGUUAUGAAUAUGGUACCCGAAAUCCAAGAGCUGGCAGAACUUAUUCAAGGGCCUCUAAUAACUACAGGACUUCUAAACAUGGGAAAAGAAGAGGCUUCCCUAGAGGAUGUGUUGUCUUACCUUGACCAUAUAUACUGCGGGCAUAUUUCCAUAGAAACAAGCCAGCUUCCAACUUUGGAAGAGAGGCAAUGGUUUGCUAAAAGAUUUGAAGAGCUGAAACAAGAAGCAUUUACACCUGAAGAGAAAAAGCACUUGUGCAAACUGAUGUUGGAGUCCCAGGAGUUUGAUCACUUCUUAGCUACGAAGUUUGCCACAGUGAAGCGGUAUGGUGGUGAAGGAGCAGAGAGUAUGAUGGGUUUCUUCCAUGAGUUGUUCAAAAUGUGUGCGUACAGUGGUGUGACAGAUAUUGUUCUUGGAAUGCCUCAUCGCGGAAGACUUAAUCUUCUCACAGGUUUACUUCAGCUUCCACCUGAGCUCAUGUUCCGCAAGAUGCGUGGUUUGAGUGAGUUUCCAGAGAAUUCAACAGCCAUUGGGGACGUUCUCUCCCACCUGACAUCUUCUGUAGAUCUUGACUUUGGUUCACACAGGCCCGUGCAUGUCACCUUGCUACCUAACCCCUCGCACUUGGAAGCAAUCAAUCCAGUGGCUGUGGGCAAGACACGAGGAAGACAACAGACUCUGCUUGAUGGAGAUUACUCCCCAGAGAGCUCUGCACAGCCUGGAGACAAAGUUAUUUGCCUGCAGGUUCAUGGCGAUGCUGCUUUCUCUGGGCAAGGGAUUGUUCCUGAAACACUGACCCUCUCUAAUCUACCACAUUUCAGAGUUGGUGGGAGCAUCCAUUUGAUUGUUAAUAACCAGCUGGGCUAUACCACUCCUCCAGAGCGAGCAAGAUCUUCUCUGUACUGUAGUGACAUCGGUAAAAUUGUUGGAUGUGCAGUUAUUCAUGUGAAUGGGGAUGAUCCUGAAGAAGUUGUCCGUGCCACUCGCCUGGCUGUCAAGUACCAACGCCAGUUCCGCAGGGAUGUAAUAGUAGAUUUGCUGUGCUACAGACAGUGGGGCCACAAUGAACUCGAUGAGCCGUUCUUCACCAACCCCAGCAUGUACAAAAUCAUCAGAUCCCGUAAGAGUAUCCCGGACACAUAUGCAGAACACCUGAUAGCUGCUGGGCUCAUGAAUGAGGCUGAAGUAUCUGAGAUAAAGACAGCAUACUAUGCUAAACUGAAUGAUCAUCUUGCCAACAUGACUUUGUAUAGUCCACCUCCUACCAACCUGCAGGCUCACUGGAAAGGCUUCGUUGAGCCUUCUGCUAAAAUCACCACUUGGGACACUGGUAUGCCUGUACCACUGCUGCAGUUUAUUGGAGUCAAGUCUGUAGAAGUGCCUGAAGAACUCCAGAUGCAUAGCCAUCUUCUGAAAACCUAUGCACAGUCAAGAGUUCAAAAAAUGGAGGAAGGAAAAAAGUUGGACUGGGCAACAGCAGAAGCUUUAGCAUUUGGUUCGCUGCUAAGCCAAGGUUUUAAUAUCAGACUAAGUGGACAAGAUGUUGGCAGAGGAACCUUCAGCCAACGGCAUGCUAUGUUGGUUUGCCAGGAGACAGAUGAUACCUACAUUCCUCUGAAUCAUAUGUCACCAGACCAGAGAGGUUUCCUAGAGGUGAGUAACAGUCCCUUGUCUGAAGAAGCUGUGCUUGGUUUUGAAUAUGGAAUGAGUAUUGAGAGCCCUAAUUUACUGCCAAUUUGGGAAGCUCAAUUUGGAGACUUCUUUAAUGGAGCCCAGAUAAUAUUUGACACUUUCAUCUCUGGAGGUGAGGCAAAGUGGCUUCUGCAGAGUGGGAUAGUAAUUCUUCUUCCCCACGGCUACGAUGGUGCAGGCCCAGAGCACUCAUCCUGCCGGAUGGAACGUUUUUUACAGAUGUGUGACAGCUCAGAAGAGGGAGUCGAUGGGGACCAGGUCAACAUGUCAAUUGUGCAUCCCACCACCCCAGCACAGUAUUUCCAUUUACUCCGGCGGCAAAUGGUCCGAAACUUCAGGAAACCUCUCAUUGUUGUUUCUCCCAAAGUGUUACUCAGGCUCCCUGCUGCUGUAUCAAGUUUUGAAGAAAUGGCUCCAAGGACAACAUUCAAGCCUGUCAUUGGUGACUCCUCAGUGGAUCCUAAAAGUGUCACCCAAGUGGUGCUCUGUUCUGGUAAGCAUUACUAUGCUUUGGUGAAGCAAAGAGAGACGCUAGGAGAGAAACAGCACAACACAGCCAUUUUGAGACUUGAAGAACUGUGUCCUUUCCCCCUGGAAGCUCUACAGCAAGAGUUGAGCAAAUACAGCCAUGCAAAAGUCUUCAUCUGGAGUCAGGAAGAACCACAGAAUAUGGGUCCAUGGUCUUUUGUGUCACCACGCUUUGAAAAGCAGCUGGGAGUUAAGCUCCAUCUUGUGAGCAGACCUCCUUUACCAGCCCCAGCAGUUGGCAUUGGAACCCUACACCACCAGCAGCAGGAAGACAUCCUUGCCAAGACAUUUAUCUAAGUUUUCAGUGUACGGACUCCACCUGCCGUCAGUCACAUUUGGUGCCUCCUCCUGUGAAGAACAAAUGCCAGACCCUUAAGACUCCUUAAGACCCUUAAGUUCUCCAAAAUGGGAGAAAAGAAUGGAACAAGCCCUGUAAUAAUGAAGCAAUAUUUUCAUGUAGGGGAACACCUAAAGAUAAGAGGUGACACCUGUUGCUUUUAGAUACUUCUUGUUCUCUUGUAGUAUUGUCUACAAGACAGCUUUUUAAAAUAAAAAAGAAAAAAUCCUGUUAGAUGGGUGAGGUGGCUAUAAAAUACCUUGUAUCAUGUUGCUUAUCUGCACUUCACAGUCUCUUGGAAUGCUGCAUGUGUGGAAACGGUUUCUGUUUCCACAGAAGCGUUAGUGCUAUCUGGUUGAAUACAUACUCCCCUACGCCUGGGAAUGAGCCAUUUCUAUAGCAGACUGUUGUGGAUUUUAUCAUUCCUUUUCAUGUGGGCCAGAAGUGAAGCCUUUUGCAGCUGUUGGUGCUCUUCUCAAUGCACGAGUUGUAAAGCAGAAUUCCUGGGAGAGACCUUGUGGGGUGGCUUCUCAAGGCUUCAGGUAUCACUGUUUCUCUCGGCCAGAGAAGCAGUGCUUUCCCAUCAAGCUUGCAGGGUGGAGGGCACACUGCUGGGCUUGUGCUGCAUUUUAGAACCAUAUUUUGUAGAAGACAAACCAGUUUCUAGAGGCCAGCCUGAAGAGUGACACUGCAUCCUACUGGGAAAAUUCUUCUCAGUAUCCUCCUUCUGCCAUGUUUGUUGUUUUUUUUUUUUUUAACCCCAAGAUUGUACUGUUAAAUUGGUCCCUUGGUUUAGUCUUCUGUGUAACUUUUCAGUAGCAAAGCCAUAGGGAAGUUCACUUAAGAAAUCAUUUCUUUUCCAGUGCUGCUGCACUGUUUUACCAGUUCUCAUGAAUGUGGCCUGUUUUCGAGGGCAAUUCUGCUCAGUUUCUUCCUUCAGUGGUUCCUAGUUCUCACACAUAAUUUUACUCAUGCUGGAAGAAGGCUGAAGUGUGACCAAGUAAGAGCAACAAACUAAACAGAUAAGUGCAGUGAGGCAGGCUGCAAAGAGCUUGAGAGAUGGCUUGCUGAAAGGUAUAAUAGUGAGGCCUCUUUCAAAUACACCAGAAAGACAGGAGAAUUAGGAGGCGAACAGGGCACAACCCCCAUCCCCCAACAACUGCUGUAGCAAAAACCAACCAAACAAAACCCAGUCAAUCAUCAUGGUUUUUUUUUGGUUUUGUGUUUUCACUGAGGGCAGCUCUCAUCUGGAGUCCUGUUAGGGGGUUCCUGAGGAAAAACUCUUCUUUGCAGCAGCAGUAUCACCGACUUUGUCUUGAAAAGUGUGUUAAUAAAACAGGUUAUAGAAGAAAUCAGUGAAAGGAAGAGCAGCAAAUGACAAAACAGGAGUGUGGUCAGGCAAGUUUUCUGAAGGAGCUCAAAAGGAUACAGGUAUUCAAGCCAUUUGAAGAAGUUCCCAAAAUGCUCCUAUACUCCAGCAACAAAGACAAUGUGAGGAG